AUGUUGAAAGCAGGAUCGUUAAGUUCUUUGUUGCCACCACCUAAGUAUAAGUUUGCGAGGUCACAACAGAAUAGAGAUUUGCAUAUUAAGCAAAACGAUUCAGGGAAGGUAAAUCGAGAAAUAUCUGAUGAACCCCGAGAUGGAAUGGCAUUGCUUCCUGUCCCCCAGGUGAACUUCCAGGAUUUUCUUCCACUAAGAAAUGCUAAGCCAGAUCUGGAAAUUCCACGUCCAACAGAAAAUGAGGUCAAAACAAGCUAUUUGCACACGAAGGCGCUGAUUGACAAGAUAUUAGGAGAGAAAUUGCAGCCUCAAGGUACCUCUUUCAAAUCUUCAAAGAAAGCUAUUGAAUCAUCCGAGGUCAUUCAAUAUGCACUUCCUUCAAGUUCAGAAAAUGGAGAACCUAGAACACGUUCUCUGAAGAUAGUAGAACAUGCCGCCGAUCCACUACAACCGAAAAUGUUCAAAGUCAAGAAAGUUGUCGCCCCAGCUGAUGAAACACCUACCCCAGUGUUGAGUAAAUCAGAUGACGUGAGUAGGACAAUUUCAUCUGAAGAGCGUUCGAAGUGGAACAUUCCCUCUGCCAUAUCCAGCUGGAAGAAUCCAAAUGGGUAUGCGAUUGCAUUAGAUAAGAGGUUAGGUUCCGACACCAGAUAUUCAAAAGAUAGUCUUGAACCGCAUGAAAUUAGUGACAAAUUUGCCAAGCUUUCUGAGGCUUUGGAUAGUGCCGAAAGAAUGGCACGCCAAGAGGUCAAACAGCGGGCAGAUGCGAAAAGAGAACUUGCAGAGAGGCAGGCAAAGGAGAAGGAGGAAAAGUUACGUGUUAUGGCCCGUCAGGCACGAGAAGAGAGAAGCCGCGAAAUGCGUGAAAGGGUCUCUUCUUCCAUAUCGGCACAGCGACUUGGUGAUGACGCUGAAAGACGAGAGGCAAUCCGAAGAGAAAGGCGGAAGCAGUUGGAGAAAGAUCUGCAUCGGUCUAAAAGAAGCACAGCCGAUCGUUUGAAAGCAUUGGCAAUGAGUCAGGGAAGGGAUAUCUCUGAUAAAGUUAUUUUAGGGGCAGCGAAGGCAACUGAAAGCAGCGAGAUUCAAUACGAUUCAAGGCUUUUCGCUAGAGGUGCCAAUGCCAACGCACAUAGAAGUGAAGAUCAGGUGUAUGAUAAUCCCUUAUUUGUACAACGAAGUAUCGAUAGCAUUUACCAUCCUAACAGGUCGGCGAAUCACGAAAUGCAAACAGAAGAAGUUGUCUCAUCUAUUCAGAAUAGUGCAAGAUUUUCGAGUUUAGGUAACAAACGUACUCGCGAAGGGCCUGUUGAAUUUACCGCAAAAGACGACGAAUCAGGCUUGACAGAGGCAGACAACGAGUCGAUAAUAAAAGGAAAAAGGCAGCGUACAGAUUAA